UUUCUUAUUUGUUUGAGUGAUUUUAAAUCUAUUAAAAUUAAAUGCAAUACAGUCAUUUGAUGAUCCAAGGCACCCUUGCGAAAUUAACUCUCUUGAACGCAACAUCUUGAAGACAUCCUUUUCGAUUCAUGCUGCUCUGGUGUUAAACAAAUAGGCUGUGCUUUAGUUCUUUAACAUUUUGGGUUUUUACUGAAUUUAGUAUAUAUUUAGUCAAAUAUGAUGGUACAAAAAUGAAUAUUAGAAUUAGGAAUCCUGCUUCCUGCUUGUUGCUGCCGUCGCCUUCACGAGGCCUCCAUUUCUGGGUUUCUUGGGAUUAUGGUCUUUCUCCAUCUCCCAUCGUUGGUAUAUUAUGUAAUCAUUUCAUAAAGACAAAGACUAACGUCUUCCAACUACCACAUCCACAUAUCCCAAUCUCAGGCCUCAUUAUUAUAUAAAUUUCUCCACUUUAACCAAUGACUUCAGUUUCACGUAAUCUUUUUCUCAUGGGAAUCAGCAAGAUCCAUGGUACACCCUCUCUUCCAUCCUUCCCUUAUAUCUUUAAUCAAUCUUAAUCCAAUCCAUCCAUAACCUCAAUCCUCCUCCCUCUUUCUCUUAGAAGCAUGUUCAACUCUGCACAAUCACUCAGUUUUUCAUCUUUUUAUCCACUUGGUCAUGCCUUCAGGAGCCUUCUCUCAUACAAUGGAAGUGUAAUGCUAGCUGCUUUGAUUUCUUUGCUUCUUGUGACCAUCUUCGUCCUUCUCCUCCACAUCUAUGCCAAAUGGUUCCUCUCCCAGGCCCGUCACCAGGGACGCAGCUCUAUUGCCGUCUCUCAAGUGCUCGGCCAGCCUCGCUUGCACCAUUUUCAUUCCAUAUCAUUUGACCAUACUCCCCCUGCUCGCUCUCCCACCAAAGGUCUCGAUGCCUCUGUGAUCUCCACAAUCCCUCUUUUCAUUUAUGUGUCGGAAAACCAGUGCAAAAUUGGAUUGGAAUGUGUCAUUUGCUUGAGCUUAUUCGAAGAGAAUGAGAUUGGGAGGAGCUUGCCCAAGUGGUUCCAGUUGCUCGCCAUGAUUACUCAAGGAGUGGAAUUGGUAAUAACUUGGAACUGAGUGAAAAUGA